CUCCACUGUGGGUUUGAGCUCCCAAGACUCUCCCAGCACGGGGACCGCCAGAGUGAGCAGUCGGUGUUUGACCCAGGGUCCCAUGAGGAGCAGCUGGGGGUGUUUGGCCUGGAGGAGCCUCGGAGCCUCUUCAUUCUCCACAACCACCUGAAAAGAGGUUGUAAUAAGGGUGUUCUGCAGAGAAAAAGUUCUUUGAGUUCCAUCUUGUGCAGGACUGGUUUCCUCUCUGCUGUCACCAUGGCAAUGUCACUUAGAGCUGCAUGGCCCAGCCUCCUUUGGAUGCGUUCAGCUGCAACCUGUAAGCAGGUCCCACUGCAGAAUGGAGCUGUGUAUCAUGCUUGCCAUAAAUCUACUUACUCAGUUCUCCCUGAAGACUACAACUGCAAAGUGGAACUUGCAGUGACAUCUGAUUCGAAGACAAUUGUCUGCUACCACCCUUCGCUUGAGAUUCCAUACGAGCAUACAAAACCCAUACCACGGCCAGAUCCAGUGAAUAAUAAAGAAGAAAACCUUGAUCAAGUCUUAAAAUCCAGAUUGGAUGAAAAAGAGCUAAGGAACAGUAGAGGUCCUACAAUUGAAGAGCUCAGCAAAAUGUUUUACACAACAAAACAUCGUUGGUAUCCUGUGGGACAGUAUCAUAGAAGACGCAAGAAUCCUAAUCCUCCUAAAGACCGAUAACAAAGAGAACUUCUUGUUCAUCAGGACUUUGCUGUUAAUUUUGAUUGGAAAUAAAAGUUACAGAAGGUGACAUGUUUGGCUGUAA